AUGUUCCCCACAUCUGGACCUGCUUUUGUGACUUUCCCCACCACAACUAUACAGCACUACAAGGCUGGAGGAACCAGCCAACAAUAUCUUGACAUCCUUCACGAGGAAAAAUUCCCCGGCCUCUUCACCGAUAUCUCGACAAGCAUUUUGCUCAAAAGUCAGUCAAUUGAAGAGACAGUGACCGCAAACCUACGCGCAAGUGCCCGUGAUCAACCAGCUCCUGGCUCGAGAACCAAAGCAGACGUGACACUGUUUGACAGCAACAGAAACAACAUUGCAAUCCUGGAGGUCAAGAUGGAUGUGGUCUGGAACCAAGCAGAGAGGAAUCAUGUCCAAUUCUUCAUGCUUGUCUUGCUACACAUCGUCUUCUUUUGCAAGAGGCAUCCAGACGGCCUUCUUGCCGUUGACGGGCUGCAUGUCCAUCAUGGCUUCAACCAUGAUCAGAAGUUGAACCUGCAUGGUUUUCCUCCAGAACCUUCCAAGGUGAUGCUUAAACAACUCAUGUGUUUCUGGUUGCACGCAACUGCGGAGCACAGAAGGCAGCUUCAUUUGAACCCAGGGCCACAGACUGGCAAUGAGCAAGUCAACGCUCUUUGUUGGCUCCCUAGAUGGGUUUUCUGGCUACAACAUCGCUUGGCUGCCCACAAGUUCACAUACACUUGA